CUACAAAAAAAGUUUAUUUUAUAAUGCUGGCAAGGAAAUUCUAAUUUGUCUGCUGUUGUUUGACCUUUAAUGAGGAAGUAAAAGCUGUUACCAAGUUAAGUAGAGGACAAGAACAAUUUGCAGAGCAGCAUUAAGUCCACGGUGGUCAUAUAAAUACAUUCACUGCAUCUAAGGGGGAUUAUUACUGCCAAAGAUUUGUAACGUGUGCAUAAAUAGACUUGUCCAUUUGAGGGAAAAAGUACAGUGGGCUUAUUUGGAGUAGCAGUGAGCCAAUAAGCAUAUCUCUAACAACACAGAGAAUAAACAAAAUGAGUAAGAAAAAAAAAAUUACAAACAUAAAAAUCUUAUCUACUCUGUAGUAACAUUUUUUUUGGUAUAUGUACUUGAACAAAGUAAAAGCACCUGCUCAACAUUAAUCUGAAAAUCCCAGGCAGAGUGUUUCAGUAACCCAUGGCAACAGCUUCUGUGCCAACAGAAAUCUUGGACAGGCCAGCUCCUGCAGCCUAGGACUGUGCACCACCAUUGGCUGGCUGAAUGAAUGACUUGCAAACUUGUCUAUCUAUUAUGCAUGCCAGUUUACCUUUAGUGCGUUCUUGAGCUCAUUUCCAGGUAGGCACAGCUGAGAGGUAGCCUGGCUGCAUCGAGACUCUGAGCAUCCAAAGAAAAGCUCUGUUUAUCUUGAAAACCAGGGGCACCCUGAGGGAAGUCAAAAAUGGAGCUGAUUGGAUCCACUCUGACAGCCACUUAUGCUCGGCCAAAAACCAGCAACUUCCUCCCUGCCAUCUCCACCAUGGCAUCCAGCUAUCGCAACACCCAGCCUGCCUUGGCUAUGAAUCUCAGUGCCAACCUGUGGAGGACCAACAGCUAUUACAAGAGCAGCAGCACUGUCCCAACCCCCUCCUCUAUACAGCGAGAUAAUUUAGAUCUGGUUCGAGCCAAGACCAUGUUUUACCCAUCCAACAGGACAACACUGACCACCCGCUACACUCCUGACGACUGGUACAGGUCCAACCAAAGCAACUACAGGGAGUCCGAGUCCUCCAGGAAAAGCGCUGAGAGACUGAGAAGAGACACCAUCAGGCUGAUGCAGGAUAAGGAGCAGCUCACCAGACGAACCCAGGACAAUACCAGCAAGAACAUUGGCGAGCGGCUCAAUGACAUUGUCUUCUGGAAGUCUGAGCUGAGCCAUGAGAUUGACAACAUGGUGACAGAGAUAGCAGCCCUCACUGAGGUCAAGAGGAGGCUGGAGAGAGCCUUGACAGAGACUGAGGGGCCCCUUCAGGUGUCUCAAGAGUGUUUGUACCACAGAGAGAAGCGGAUGUCCAUCGAUCUGGUACAUGACGAUGUAGAGAAAGACCUCAUAAAGGAAGUGGAAGUCAUCAAGUCAUGUCAAGAAAGAAUGAGGCGACAUCUGGACAGAGCAAUCGCUCAGCUGGCGUCAAACCGAGCUGCCCAGCAUGAAUUGGAAAGAGACAUAAGUGACAAAGUGACAGCUCAGAGGAUAGAUGACAGGUGUCACCAUCUAAGGAACACAUCAGAUGGUAUUGGCUACUACAGAGGGAUUGAAAGACUAGACCCCUCACUCUCUCUGCCAGACUCGUGGUCUAAGUUCACAGACGACAACAUCCUGCACUCCCAGAGCGAACGAGCUGCCUCCCACAAGCUCAGGGACGAGAUAGAAAUCCUGCUGAACACCACGUCCAACGAAAUGUGGAACCAGUUUAACAAUGUCAACGUAGCCUUCACAAACCGCAUAUCAGAAACCGCUGAUGCUAAGAACAGCCUGCAGACACACCUGGCUAAGACUCUGCAGGAGAUCUUCCAGACAGAAAUGCUAAUUGAGUCUCUGAAGAAAGCCCUCAGAGACAAAGAGUGCCCACUGAAAGUGGCCCAAACCAGGCUGGAGGAGAGGACCCGCAGGCCCAAUGUAGAGCUCUGCAGGGACAACCCACACCACAGACUUGUGGGUGAGGUGAGAGAGAUCGAGGACACCAUUCAAAAGCUUCAGGAGAGGCUGAUGGAGGCUGAGAACACUCUGCAGACUCUGGUCAAGACCAAAGUGACCCUGGAGCAUGACCUGUCCAUCAAGGCCAACUCGCUCUUCCUGGAACAGGAAAAGUGCAUGAGCAUGCGCAAGAGCUUUCCCAGCAUGCCCCGUCUGGUGGGCUACACCUAAAUCAAGUCUUAAAAAAAGAGAGCCUUUGAGGACCAACAUAAUUAACUGUGACUGUUUUAAUGGUUUUGGAGUGAUUUAAAGGGUGGUGUGGGUGAUUUGAAUGUAAGGAAAAUGACUUAACUUUACAGGCACUGAUGUCAAAAUCUGAUAAACAAAAACAUAAACAAUAUCUUAAUUUUGAGUAUUUCACCUGUAAUGUACAAAAAGAAAAAAAAAAGAAAAUGCUUUGCCAUAGGGAGAUUAAUCAGGCACCACUCAAUGUUUCCUGAUGCUUUCAUUUUGCCUCCAAUUACAGCUAUUUUACAUGGUUAAUUUACUACUACUAACCGUUAUCCUUGAAGGUUUUACUCGGACUCCAAGCAUACACCCAUAGUCAGAUUAGUUUGGUGCACACAGAAAUAUGGAUUGUGAGGGACUUUUAUGUCUUUACUAUUCUUAUGUAAUGACUGGUGUGGCCCAUUACUCAUCACCUCUCCCAGAGGAGGAGCUGGGCAAACAACUUCUAAGUUAUGUAUAAAACCCCACACCCUUCUUAUAGGACUUGAGCCCCAUACCACAUACUUCUCAUCACCGUCUUUCUUUCACCCUUUGUCUCCACCCCUCUGUUCCCUGAUGCCUUCAUGCUCCAGUACAGGAAGGGAUGGCAUCUAAAGAGUUAACCCCGGCUUGAUCCCACAAAUUUAAAGAUGUGGAGAGUAUCAGUUUCAUUUAAUUUUGUUUAUUCAGUCAUCAGCUUUCAGAACCUGAAUCAACUUUGAACACACAAAAACACUAUCACACUCCUUAACCCAACCCCUCCACUACUGCACUUCCUGCAUAACCUUUGGCUUCACUGAGGAAUGUAAACUUUGCUUGAAUCACCAAUACUGUUUAAGUUUAACAUCUCCACGUCUCCAGUCAUUAAAUUGAUCACCGUUAUUAUGUCAAAGGAGAGGUCACAUCACAUGGAAAAAGAGUUGCAUUCUCUGAUUUGAAAAUACCGACUUUAAUUAUGUUCCAUGUGUUAAUUCUUUCCUCUGCAGUUAAUUUCUGUUUCAUAUCCUUGCUAUCUUAUAGCAGCAGUGGGAAGAGGGUAUAUACCAAAAUAUGUCUCCGUUUGAGUGAGUGUCUGCAGACAAAGCGAAUGGAAGUUGGAGACAGACGCUAGCUGGACUAAGUAAGUAAUCAGAGAUAUGAGAUGCAACCUGAAAUCUAAGCUGUAAGGUCAUGAAAUCUGGUUCCACCUAAAUCCUUUCAGUGGCUGCAGUGUUAAAGUACAAGCAUGACAACAUCUCUUAUGUAAAUAGAGAGUAGUUUCACUAUACAGAUUCCUAACAGGACAGAGGGAGGGACCAUAAACAUAAACCACUCUGUGUAUGUGUGUACCUUGCACUUUGAUUUAGGUGUAAUGUUUUACAACUGUAUUGUAAGUGACAGUCACAGUGAGCUAAAGAGCUCUUUCUGCUGUGCAAAUAGCACUGUGUUUGUCUAAAACCCUCAGGAGCAAGUCAAUGGCAGGGGUCUCUGUAGUGUGUGUUUAAUGUGUGUGCCCUCAUAGUUCCACUCAUGUGCCAUGGCACAUUCCUGAGCCCUAGUAUUGCAAAGAAAGGCCACCUGUUGUCUAGCUUACAUCAAAAGACUCCCUGCUCUCAUCACCUUGUAAUUAAACAUACUGACAGAUAGCAAAGAGCUGAGGGUUUUCUACCGCCUUAUCUUUCCUCUUUGCUUUCCCCUUCCAACUCCCACUUUUAUAGCUCAGAAAUACAUAAUGGAGGUACCCAUGAAAAGCCAGUUCAGCUAAUUGAAAUGAACUGUUUCUCUGCCUCUCAUGCUUCGUUUGAGGUUAUGGGUCUCUUUCUGGAUGGGACACAAAUAGGCCUUCCUAUGUGACCUCCUCUACCACCCCCGCAUAUGGGGAAUGUACUCUGGAAUUCUCCCCGCAGUCCAAACACAUUGGCAGUUUAUUUUUAACACCCGCUCUUGUUAUAGAUGCCCUGUGCCCCAUGUUAUUUUGUGUUUUUUUUACAUACCAUCAUACCAUACUAAAGAGCUGAUCUCAGAUCACUUGAGACUGGUGUCAGUUACUGAGGGUUUUUUACUCUGUGCUGUAAUUACAGACUUGGACUGAGUGUGCAUCAUUGAAGAAGUGGUGGACGUCAUGGAGACUAUUUGUUUUACUCAAAGUAUGCCAGUUUAACAAUAUAUUACCACUGAUUACCCCCUAAGGCUCUUGAUUCUUACUUUUAGUGUUUCUUAAUGGACAAACAAAUGCUAAUCUGUUAGUUACUUCAUUACAUUAUUGUUGAUCUAUUUUAAUUUUUAAAUAACUAGGGGUCAGACCUCCAAAACAGACACACAGCCCUGAUAUAUUAUCCCAUUAUUAAGUUGUUAUGGCUAAUGUGUUAGCAAAAGGGCCUACCUACACAUCCAGUUGAAACAUAGCGGCAUUAUCAUCUUACAGGGGUUGAUUUCUGGCCAACUGAUGAAUUUAAGUCCAAUAUUCGCUUGCCUUUUAGCUCUGUUUUGGUCUCCACCAACAUCUGGCUCAUAAUGUUGAUAGCUAUUUGACUUCCUACUCCAGCCAUUUGGUGUUGAGCAGGUAGCGUACAGUGGGUUAAUCUGAAGUUUCUUGUGGCUUCCUGGUGCUACUAGAAACAGGGUUGUUGAGAGUGGUGAAUUUCAACCAUUUCACCACAUUAAAUGUCAAAACAAUCCACAUGAAAAAACAACACUAAAAGAGGCAAAAACGCUUUGUAGAGCUGCAAAGUUAGAUGCUAAUUAUCAUGGAUUAAUCACUAAGAAUAAACCCUAUCACAUCACAUGUAGUUGUCUGAUUCAAUGUUAAUAUAAAAAUGUUAUGACAAGUUUAGCUGUCAGGCAUAUUGUAGCUGUCUGUGUUCAAAUCAGUCUAAACUUAUUUCCUACUCUGCACAAGGGAUUUAUCCAGUAGAUCCUUUGUGCCAAUUAAAUUUUGGGCCUUUGUCUAUUACUCUGACACAGUAACCAUAGCAACCAAGUACAUAGAUCAAACCAUCCACACUUGCAAUACAUCAAAUACUGCAGUAUGUACAUAUAAAACUGUAAGAUCAACAUCUUAAUACAAUAAUACAUGGAAAAUAUGCAAUCACAAUGUUAGCUUAUGUAAAUGGUAGGGGGAUGUACAAAUGUAGUUGAGCUAUUUUGUCAUGAUCAUAGAGUGGUAUUGGCAACAAGGGGGGAAAUGAAUAAAAUGUAAGAUACUGUAUGUAAGUAACAAAUUAAUCAUGAAAAAAUGUGUCUGGGUCAUAAUUGCUUGACAAAUAUCCAAUUUACCUAAAUAUGUUGUCAGGGCAUUAGGGGAUAAUGGUUUUACUAGAGUAUGUAGUUCAAAUCCCUCUAGCUCAAUGAUAUGGAACAUUUCUCACUUCAUCUCCAGUCAUCUCAAACUACAGCUCAGUUUGUACUGAACUCUCAACAUUUAUGGGAACCAUCUCUUCCUGCUACUUUUGGAUCUGUGCCAAAACUCAGAGUUUUCGCAAAAAGCUGUUUGGCCGCUCCAUCGUUGGGCUGCGAAGUUUGUCUAUUACUGUAAGCUAGGAUAAAACAAGAAAAGAAACUAAGCGGGAAUCCAUUAAGUAAUCUGCCUAGUAACUGUUACGAGCUAGAGAGAGGAAGCUGGAGACAGACUGAUAAGACACAGAAUAUUCUAUGUGGUGUUCCAUCCCAACUGCCAACCUCGCAUACAGCGGCUCUGUGGUUGUGUGUGACUGUCUGCUGAUCCUUGCUCACAUGUGAAAUCUUUACCUCCCUAAACUUUUAGUCAGUCAACAUUAUAUUUCCCCAGCAUUCUGCACAUAACUGAGUCUCCGACCAGGGAGUCGUGAUAAGCCAGAUAAGCCCAACUGCUAACCAAAGUUCAGAGGUCAACCACAAAGACGGGGACAUGCAGUACAAUGUAGACCGAGGUCUUGUUGGUCAUUUGUGAGAUUGAGUGGAAUUCUGGAACAAUCCAUUAUCAUUGAUCUGCGAGUCCAGUUCUUCUCAUUUUCGAUACAAAGAGGAGGGGUGGAUAAAAGAGUGACGCAGAGCUCAAGAUACAGUACUGCAGUUUUUCCUGCUGAAUCAUAGUGGGGUGAUGAUGACUGAGAGUUAUGCCCUUUAGUCUGACUUAAAGCUACAUUUAUUAGAUUUUUUUCUUUAUCUGGAACCAAGGGAAUACUGUGUAGUAAGCACAGUGCCUAUGAGAAAGAAAACAGGUUGAAUAAAAAGAAGCUGGUCGAAAUUGUAGUUUUUCUUCAUACAAUUUUAAAGGAUAGUGACCUUACUGUCAUGUUUUGCUCAAGCCACAUCUUUCCCCAUUUACAAAUUGAAUGACACAGGGUAAUGUGUGAAUCAAGACCACAUGGUUUUACAAAUGUCUGAUGACACAGGGCUUUUUUGUUCAAGGUUACGCUUUAAUGCCAGAGUCUGCUUAUCAGCUUAAUUUCAAAAUGAGCAAUGUGAUUAUGCAAUCAUGAACAUUUCCACAAAUACUGAGAUUUUAGGGUUAGAAUUAGAAUUAUGAAACCAAUUCAUUAUCAUAGAAUGCUAACUUUUCCACUGGCUACAUUUAAUUAUUAUCUUGUUAAUUUGAGCUUUCAUUUGAACCUGCCCCCACAGAUGAGGCUGUCUGUACUCACAGCACAGGAAAUCUGUUGUGUAUUUAGUGUAUUUUAAGGGACAGGGCUCGGUUUACCCCUUUGUUGUCAUCACUCUGUGUCUAGUGUAAUUAAAGUGUGAUGACAAGACAAUGGA